AAAACGUUAAGCUUUUUUAAAUCCGUUUUUAAAAUAAACCAAUAUUUUAUAAACCCAAAUUUCGCCCUUUUCGGCUUUAAUAAAAUAACGGAAAUAAAGGGAAUAAACGAAUGCCGGGCCGUUAAUAACCCAACGGUACUUAAUAAUACCGCGCCAACCCAAUUUGGCCUUAUACCAGCACCCGUAACCAAUACGGGAACCUUUCGAAACCGUACGGUUGCAAUUACAAGCUUAUUUACCAUUAAAAAUUUAAUUUUAACGCAAUACUUUACGUGCAUAACGGUUUUGCUUUUAAAUUAUAAACCGCCCGGUGCGGCCAUAAUUAAAUUUUAA